GUCAUAGAUUGUACGUGGUGGACUUUGCACAGUGUAAUUGUGUGCAAUACCUGAAGCAGAGUUCAAAAGUCUCCACUGUUGUUAGAUCUCAAGCUCCCAAGAAGUUGUGUUUCUCGACCAAAAGGCUGGAAAAGGAAAAAAAAAGGUUCUAAUUGUUUUUGGGACAGAUGGGGGGAGGAGGGAGGUUACCAGUUUAUGAAUGCUCUUUUUGAAAAUAAGACUCCAAAACUGAAUGUUCAAGGCAGAAUGUUGGUAAUGCUGUGGUUAUUCGGUGUUGAUUUUUUUUUUUAAUGUCAAACUCUUUAUGCUUUCUAUCCUUGUUGUGCUGAAUUUAACCAUAAUUCUACAUUUUACAUAUAGAUACUAUGGAUAACUAUCACUUGCAUGUCAUAGCUGUGGUCCUUUACUUUAAUCUUCCUGGAUCAGUGGGAGCCAAGUCCCAGCGGAUCCUUCCUGCUACACAUCGCCGUUCAGAGUGCCGGUGGGAUCGGCAGCUCUUGCUCAAUUGCUCUUUUACCAGAAUGUCUACUGUUCCAGAAGAUACAUCACAAACAGCAGUAACAGCUGAUUUGAGUUACAAUAAUAUUAAAACUUUUGUGUGCUCUGAAGGAAGAAAUGAAGAGUGGAUGCUAAAACACCUGAACCUCAGUAACAACCUGAUUUCUGAACUCACCUUAACUACUUGUACAAAUUUACCCAAUUUAGAAACUCUAAACCUCAGUGGUAAUGCCAUCCACACCCUCACACUGGAAAUGCCUGCACCUGCACACGGGUCUAAAAACUACAGCAUGGUUGAUCGUCUCCUGCCUGCUUUGAAAGUAUUGUCACUUGAAAGAAAUAAUCUUAAUACGGUUCCAAGAGGGCUAGGCCUCCUGCAGUCUUUACAAACUGUCCAUAUGUCAUCCAAUGCCAUAGAACAGAUUGACCCAAAGGAUUUUCAGAACUGCUCACAGCUGAAGGACAUUGACCUGCGAAACAACAAGAUAACUAAAAUUCAUCCAGAUGCCUUCAGAGAUCUCAACAAAUUACAGGUCGUGGAUCUCCGUGAAAAUGCUCUGACAAUCCCUCUACCACAGAUACUAGUCAGUUUGAACUUUUUUCAACUGGAAGUGUAUUUCUCAAAGAAUGCCUGGAUAUUUAACUGCAGGCUAAAUGCUUUUAAAGAGUUCUUUCAUUUUGUCUUUGACUCCACAAGGCAGAAAUGGAGCCUUUCCUACAAUAAGUCUGCCAACAACCCUCAGAAACCUCUCCUGUAUCUUUCAAGUUUCCAUUUAAACUGCAGGGACAAUGUUUUGCUCAAAAGGGCUACAAUCCCAACAGGGAACACAUCAGUGCUGACCUGUAACUUGGACAACAUAAGGGGCAAUGGAGUCUCUUGGUGGACACCUAAGGGCAGAAUUUCAAAAACUCACAGUCUUCCUCAUAUGACACUGGAUAAAAUGAAUAAUUUAGUGAUAUACAAUGCUGAUAAAACUGCUGAAGGAUUAUAUUUGUGUCUUUUUAAUACAACAAAAGAGAAAUAUCUGAUUUACAAUAUAGAGGUGAAAGAAGGAGUGUCAGCAUUUUUGGUUAGAAAAACCAGGGACACCCUUUUUAGAGAGAAAAAUACAGAGCCAAACUUUGCACUGGCUGUCUCCCUCUCUGUGGUCAUUACAUUUGUUUGUGCUUUUUGUCUGGGUGCUUUUGCUAGACCCUACCUGGAGAGGCUGUGGAGACUCAUGCGCAGGAACAAAAAUUCAGGUUCAGAACACACGUAUUCUAACCAAGCUUUUUCAGACGAAACCUUGAGCAGAGACUCUUCUGCAAGCAAGCCAACAAAUAUGCAGCGUAAUACGUUCAAUUGUGAUAAGAAUUCUUUAAGAAACACAUGGACUUUCCCUACAGAAGCUUCUACUGUGUAUGAAAAUGUCACUGGCAGUGGUGUACAUUCACCAAAUCCCAAAGCAGAGUACAAGAAACAAAGCAAUACUGAGAUGAACAUGAAGAAAAUGCCAGUGUUUUCAAAAGCCCAAACUAGUACUGACAGUAAUGAAAGCAUAAAUGUUUAUGAUAGUGGACUGUUUUUUGUAAGGACGGAUUACCAGAACAGCAAUGAAAUAACACCAAACAGCAAAGUAAGAAACAACUCUGGUCUGCUGCACUCUGAGAUCACAAAAGCUACACCAGAUUCUCCAGAAAGAAAAGGUGCUCUUUCACAUAAAAAACCCAGGCACACUAGAAAAUUUAUGCAGGGAAGGCAAAGCUGUGAAGAACAACUUUGUCUAAAUGGCAACAAAAAUAUACCUAGUGAUGUUGGAGAUUUUAUUUCACCCAGUAGCUUCAGAAGAGAUGCAGAUAUUGAGAAGCUAGACAUCUAUGAAACAAUAGACAACUUUCCCACGACAGAGCAUGACUGUAAAAGGAUACAUUCAGAUGAAAAAGAUGCUGCAGCUGAUAUAUUUGGUGACAGUUCUUCAGCUGAAGGGACUCCAUUCACAAUGAGUGACUGUAGCUCUUUAGCAGACUUUGAAGUGGAACACCCUGGUGUCAGUGACAACCUGCCAGUGUGUCAGUCACCUCUAGAUGAAGCCAACACAGACAGUGGAACUGACAAAUUUGUAACACCACCAGAGUCUCCAAACAAUACUGCUGAACUUCAGCAGACUGGGAAAAAUGAAGAUGAGAACAGUGCCUAUUUUGAAACCACUAUUAAUUAUGGAUCAGACACCACCAUGCAGGAAACAGCAUCCACUUACACCGAUAAAAGCAGUGGCCACGUGACCGUGUCAGAUCCAGAUACAGUUAGUUCUUCAAGUCAAGAAAUUCCAGUUACAUUUGAUUAUUUUACUAAUGCAGAGUCAACAGAAGAAAACUCUAUUUCUGAUUCUCUCCACAAUCAAAGUACAGAUUUUGGUAACAUGGUACUUAAAUUAAAACCUUUUCCCAAAUAUGAGACAGAGAAAACUUCUGAAGAGGAUGAACUGCAGCUUUCUCUGCUUCCCAGAGAACCACAACAUUCUCCCACCUUCAGUCACACAGAACAAAAAGAAAAUGCACCAGCAGGAAGCACAGAUGAGCACAUAGCCAGGAACUCCCCUGGAAAGAGUCAUGGUGAAGCAGACAUUAAUGCAGAGUCAACAGAAGAAAACUCUAUUUCUGAUUCACUCCAUAAUCAAAGUACAGAUUUUGGUAACCUGGUAUUUAAGUCAAAACCCUUCCCCACAUAUGACACAGAAAAAACUUCUGAAGAGGAUGAAUUGCAGCUUUCUCUGUUUCCCAGAGAACCACAGCAUUCCCUCACCUUCAGUCACACAGAACAAAAAGAAAAUGCACCAGCAGGAAGCACAGAUGAGCACACAGCCAGGAACUCCCCUGGAAAGAGUCAUGGUGAAACAGACAUUAAUGCAGAGUCCACUAUUUCUGAUUCUUUCCACAAUCAAAGUACAGAUUUUGGUAACACGGUACCUAAAUUAAAAGCUUUUCCCAAAUAUGAGACAGAGAAAACUUCUGAAGAGGAUGAACUGCAGCUUUCUCUGCUUCCCAGAGAACAGCAUUCUCCCACCUUCAGUCACACAGAACAAAAAGAAAAUGCACCAGCAGAAAGUACAGAUGAGCACAUAACCAGGAAUUCCCCUGAAAAGAAUCAUGGUGAAGCAGACAUUAAGGCAGAGUCAACAGAAGAAAGCUCUAUUUCUGAUUCUCUCCACAACCAAAGUACAGAUUUUUGUAACAGGGUAUUUAAGUCAAAAUCUUUCCCCACGUAUGACACAGAAAAAACUUCUGAAGAGGAUGAACUGCAGCUUUCUCUGUUUCCCAGAGAACAGCAUUCUCCCACCUUCAGUCACACAGAACAAAAAGGAAAUGCACCAGCAGGAAGCACAGAUGAGCACACAGCCAGGAACUCCCCUGAAAAGAAUCAUGGUGAAGCAGACAUUACAUUACAAAGAAACACGAGUACAUCUGAGGACAAAGGCUUUAUUUUUGCUCCCAUUGAUACUGGUUUGAAUGAGAUUGUAAGAAAACCAUCGCUGCUGCAUUCCAGCCAAGAAUCAUCUCUUCAACUGCUGCCUGAACACACAGCUAAGAAACAUUUCAUGUUUGUUACACAGGAAGAUGACUUGCUACCACAAGAGAAGCAGGCUUGUGCAGAUGAAAUGCAAGGAGGUUCUGAUGAGAAAAAUUCUGAUGGAUUCACAGAAUUGCAGGAAAGCAGCAAUCACAGCCUGCCUGAAGAAAAGCAGUCUUGGAGUCCUACAUCAGUUCUGCUGCAUCUUCAUAGUUCUGGGAAAACACAGUCAGAAUUCACAAAAAAUGAUCCCUUCCAACUGGAUCAGGGUGAUGAGGAUGCAUAUUCCUUCUCAAUCCCACAAGGUUUCUUCAAUGAAAGCUCACCAUACAGCUCAUGUUCCUUCCCACAAAAGCCUACAGGAAACACAAUCUCUGAAAGCACUGAUUCCAGCAAGAUGAAGGAUCACACUACUUUGACAGAACUGGAGAACCACUCUGCAAUAACUGGAGAACACUUCCAAAGUUCCAGUGAAAAUCUCAGCCAAAAAAGUCAGACAAAUUCGAGACAGGACCAGUUUUUUGUUAAGAAGAAAAGAGCAUUUGAUGGAUUUGCUAAUAUUUUGCAAAGCAGGAGAACAAACUUCAAUAGCUGAAACACAAAAUGGUAAUACUAAGCUCCCACAGUGUUUAUGUCACUACAGCAGGUGCAAAUAUUUUGUUUUGAAGUGAAAUUACUUUUGUUUAGAAAGGUACCCGUACAAAACCUAAUAACAGACUUUAUAAAA